AUGCCACAAAUCAGGUGUGGGCAGUUUCUGUGCCCAAAACCGGGAACCGUGCAAAGGGGCAAAAGGAAAGCUAUCCCGGCUCGCAGUUUCACACAGUCCCCGACUGUCGGACUUGACGAGUUAUUUCUCGAGGCUGAGUUUAUUCAAUUCAUUUGUGCCAGUCUGAGACCAUUUUGGUGUAUGAUUGCUGAUGCACUCGCUCAUCCUCCACCCAAAGUGCGGCUCUGCCACAAACCUGUGGAACUUUCCUUACGUGAAAUUGGCGCAGUAGCAUCGGUUUACUGUGGCGUGAGAAAUUGGGCUGAGUAUUAA